UGUGGUUGACAUGUAAACAGAAAACACAUGUCUCUACUCCGGAAGUUGAUGUUACAGAUCACAAAAUGCUACAACCUAUUAUUCAUAAUUUGAAUUGUAAAAGAAUUGUUUUAGCCAGUAGUUCACCUAGACGUAAACAAAUACUUGAAAACAUUGGAUUAAAGUUUGAAAUUGUGAAAUCAAACUUUGAAGAAAAUUUGGACAAAUCUAGCUUCAAAAGUCCUGUUGAUUAUGUUAAAGAAACAGCUUAACAGAAGACUAUCGAAGUGGCAUCAAUUCUUGCAGACAAACAGACACCUAUUGACCUGGUUAUAGGAGCUGAUACAGUAGUUACCCACAAUAAUGUCAUAUUUGAAAAACCAAGGGACAAAACUCAUGCUUGUGAAAUGUUAAAGCAGUUCAGUGGUAGUAUUCACACAGUAUGGACAGCUGUAGUAUUAUUCACACAUAUAAACUCAACAGUAUUCAAAGGAGAUAGAUUGUGUGCAGAAGAUAAAAGAUUUUAUAUCACAGAAUUCCAAGAAUCUACAGAUGUUAUGAUGACAAAACUUACACCAGAAAUCAUUUCAUCUUAUGUGGAUACAGGGGAAACAUUGGACAAAGCAGGAGGCUAUGGUAUACAAGCUAUUGGUGGAUCGUUGAUAGAAGGAAUUAAAGGAGACUAUUUUAAUGUAAUGGGUUUUCCUUUACACAAAUUCUGUUGUAAUGUUUCAAGAAUAUUUUGUCAUCAGGCAUCAGAAUAAAUUAGCUAUUUUAAA